GUUUUAUGUUUUGACAGACGAUCGAGAAGGAGCCGCGGGUCUGGAAGUCUAUGCCACGAGCAACAUGACAAACAACCAGACGUCUGAUUCUCCUGUUUCUCCUCUAUUUUACGGCAAUUGAAGCCACGUCUUUCCAGGAUGGCGACGAGGUCAUACUUUAUGUCAACAAAGUGGGGCCCUACUUCAACCCCCACGAAACAUAUCACUACUACCAACUACCCGUCUGUCGACCCAAGAUAAUUGAGCACAAGAGCCUGACGCUUGGGGAAGUCCUGGAUGGAGACCGCAUGGCCAAGUCCGACAUAAGGAUCAAGUUCAAAGAGAACAUGCAAAACCGAAAGCUUUGCGACCUGGUGUUAUCGGAGGAGGAGGUGCAAUAUCUCCGAGAGGCCAUCGAAGAGCACUACUACUACGAAUUUGUAGUUGAUGAUAUCCCUGUGCGAGACUUCAUUGGUCAUCUGGAGGAGUCAGGCUUUGUCCCCCACACCCACAAAGUAUACCUGUGGACACACCAGCAUUUCAAUAUUUACUAUAAUGAUAAUAAGAUCAUCUAUGUAAAUGCAACAAAGGAGCAUGCACCUAUUUCCUUGGAUGAUGUAGAGCCACCACUCAACAUACAGCCCACAUAUUCUGUGACUUGGAUUCCUACAAAAAUUGCACAUGCGGACCGAGGGCGGCUUAUUCAGGACAACAGCUUCUUCCCACGCAGUCUAGAGAUCCACUGGCUUUCCAUCAUCAACUCUAUGGUGCUUGUGUUUCUCCUCAUAGGCUUUGUGGUUAUUAUCCUGACCCGAGUGUUGCGGAAUGACUUCGCACGCUACAACAUUGACGAAGAGGGCCGGGACGACAUAGAUGAGUAUGGUUGGAAAAUCAUCCACACCGAUGUAUUCAGGUUCCCACAGCACAAGAGCCUGUUUUCAUCCAUUCUGGGUGUUGGAUGUCAGUUCUUGGCAGUGGCAGUGGGGAUCAUCGGCAUGGCUCUGCUGGGCAUGUUCAAUGUCCACCGUCACGGCUCUAUGAACAGUGCAGCCAUCUUCCUGUAUGCCCUUGCGUCAGUCAUAGCAGGAUACGUUUCCUCAUCCAACUUCAGAAUGAUGGGCGGCACCAAGUGGGUGUCCAACAUCAACUUGACAACCGUGCUCUUUGCAGGUCCAUUCUUUUUGAUCUGGAGCAUUCAGAAUACGGUCGCUUGGGCCUACCACUCCACCCAAGCCCUUCCCUUCACUACCAUCAUCCUGUUGCUGCUCAUGUGGAUCUUUGUGGGCUACCCACUCACCAUUUUUGGAGGGAUCCUGGGAAAGAACGGCCGCAUAGAAUACAAUUUCCCUUGCCGGACGAAGAACAUUGCACGGGAGAUACCUUCAGGUCCCUGGUACCGAUCCUCCUGGGCACACUGCGCUGUUGGCGGCUUCCUGCCCUUCAGUGCCAUUAGCGUGGAAAUGUACUACAUCUUCUCGACACUUUGGGGACGCGAGCAGUACACCUUGUACGGGAUCCUUGGUGUGGUAUUCAUCAUCCUCCUGAGUGUGACUGCCUGUGUAUCCGUGGCUCUCACCUACUUCCAAUUGGCUGCGGAGGACUACAGGUGGUGGUGGAGAUCCAUCUUCAGUGCUGGAUCUACCGGUGGCUUCGUCCUGAUGUAUUGUGUGUUCUACUACCUGAAACGCUCAAAUAUGUCAGGUGGCUUGCAGACCAUAGAGUUCGUGGGAUGGUCGCUUCUUACCUGUUACGUAUUUUUCCUCACCCUUGGUACAGUCUCCUUCAUGGCCUCCCUCACUUUCGUCAAAUACAUUUAUCGUAACAUCAAGAUGGAUUAAGAUGGGUCGUUUUAUUUUGUUUUAAUUUCUCUUUUCUCUUAAAUGAUGUAGACACUCAUAGAGGGAAAAGAAUGGGAGCAUAAUGGUGUGUCAGGAAAAGAGAGAAAGUCUUUUUCAAAAGGAAUGCAAGUAGCUUGUUAAGUCAACACCAUAGGUAUGAACACACUGUAUCAUGGGUCAGGCUGUCUUGUACAUGAAUUCGAUCUUUAGAUUUAAGGUGAAGUAGCGAGCAGAGGAAGUAGCGUUUCAGCAGACUAUUUAUUACCAGAAUUUGCUCAGUAAAGAGGCAUUGAUGAUAUUUUUAUGAGGAAAACAUUAUUCAGGUUUCCUGAAGUACAAGGAGUAUGUGCUGCUCUGUGGAUGGAAACUCCCUCUUCACUUCAAGGCUUGUGAAUCAUUAAGUUUAAUUAGGCUGACUGCAUUCAUGUGCCUGGUGAGACUAUGGGAACUAAAGGACUCCUGGAUGAUACUUAUUUAUUAUUAUUUCUUUUUAUGGUUGAUAGACUUUCAACCUUCAUGAAGUCCUUCCUUAGUAUUUUUUUUUCUUCCUCUCCUUUAAGAAAAGGAAGCUCUUAUGAACAGCAUUGAGAGGGAGAGGGAGACUGUCCCUCUCUUUCUCAGUGCUAGUCCUUUCUACCUGGGAAUUUGGAUAAUGCUGAAUGCUUGCUGAAGGACCAAGUGCUAAGCCUAGUGCCUUAUAACACUUCUAGGGGUCUGAACAGUAAAAAUUCUCAAACUGUUAGUUGACUGAUGAUGACAAGAAAAAUGCUUGGAUGCUGCCCCCUUUCCAUCAAGGUCCUUUGUAUCAGAUUGAUACAUUAGUUUGGACUGCAAGAGGAGGUUUUAUAUCUUUUUAUCUGUCUGAGUGUCUGUGUGUCUGUCUCUGUCUUGCUCUUGUCAGUCUACCUCUAUGUUAGGCUGUGUUGCCGUAUCUUCUAGGCAUAGACAGAAUAUGACAUAGAAGUUUAUGUAGUUAGGGUAAUAGAAAAUCUCAAUUCAAUUUUUGCUAAAGACACAAAACACCAUAUGCACAUUUCUGAAGAGGUAGCGGAUGCUUUGAAACAUUAUAGAAGUACCAGUGUGUCAUAUCAUUAUCUUUUUUUUCUCUCUCUUCUUGAAAUGGGUUUAGAUCCUAUGGAUAAAGAUUUUAUUGGACUUCACAGUGUGUGUAUAUCUAGCAGUUUUAAACUAAAGUCUGUACUAAGCAUGUAUAUGACUGGUAGGAAGGCAGAGUGUGUGGCAUAGUAUUUUUUUCCUUAGUCCCGUAUACUGGCCAGUUACCAAAACUUAAGCUAUUGUUUGAUACAGAAAACAUUGCAUUAACAGUCUAUCAUGCCUGUUGUGUUGUACAAAGCAGUUAGCAGUUAAAUUGUGAAUAGAAAGCUAUUAUUAAUGAACAGGAAUCUCUAAUUUAGGUAUUUUAUGCUAUUCAUUUAAUAGAUACAUUAUUCACCAGGCAAUUGACAUCCCAAGAAAGUGAUAGAUUUUUUUUUAAGGACAUUUGUAUGUCUCCAACAGCUUUUGUACAAAUCAAAAUGAUAUUUUGUAUUUGUUCAGGAAAGAUAUUUAGUCGAAUAAUAGGAAUGAAGAAUGAUGGUGAAAACAAAUGAAAAUUGAAAGAUACUGACAGAUGAAUUGUGUUGAGUAAAAAACCCUUUUUUCCAAUUUUAUUAUUGUGAGCAUCAGUGUUAAUGCAGUUAGGAUCAUUAUCAUUUCUAUUUUUACUAUAUGCUUUAUUUGUUUAUAUAUCCACUUUCAUCACUGUUUACGUCCAUCAGUUGAGCAGAGUUUAACCAGAGCUUGUUGCAUUUUCUCAGUAAAUGAUUUUUGAGGUUUUGUCUUAUCAGGUUGUACACAUUCAUUGCCCCAACGCCCAUACCCAUAAAUCCCCCCCACACACACAUGCACAACACUUACACACACACACACACACACACACAUGCACGCACACACUCACAC